AUGGAAAGCCAGAAGGCCCUCCGACUCACGGCAUUUCGCUACAAGAAAGAAGGCACCACAGAAGCCCAGCUACAGACUUACAUGACGCAAGUCUUUGGACCGCGCGCCGCACCCAUUCAAGUUCGUCAUGGUGUUCUCAAAGUGAUACAAGUCAGUCCCCGACCCCUUUUGCAGCAUAUCAAGUCCACUUUGGAUCUAUUAGCUGAUCUGGGUAAACAACAGUAUCACACUCCCAGCAGUAGUAAGAAGCUCAUCACCGAGAAGAUCCCUUGGGCGCUUGGAAGAGGCUGGACGCUAGAUGAUCAUGAUGUGAUCAUCUCGGUGUACGUCCCUAACGCAGAGACCAUGGCGGCUAUCGUCAACGACCCCGAAUUCCAGGAGCUGUUGAGCGGUGACUCUGAGAUUUUGCAACCGACGGCUAAAGUGACCGCUGGGUGGGAUGAAGUCUUUGUGGAUAAUGGGCAGGUUGUGACUAUGGAUAGAAGUAAUAGAUUGGGAGAGAGCAGGGAGACUGUUUGA